ACGAUCUCUCUAAUCUGCGUCCUACUCUAUCAAUUGUCAUCGUCAUUCCAUUACUGCAACUAACGGAUUAUAAACAACAUUAUAUUGGAUCUACAAUUUUUCUUCUAGAAUCUACGUAAAAACUUUACUAUUUAAAAUAUAAGUCGCUAAUAAAAUUGGUUUUAUCGACAAACAAUUAUAAGCUUAUCAUGAGGAAACUUAAGGGAGCAGUGAAAGAAACUGCUAAGCAAAAGCGAGAAAGGAAGCAAGAGUUUGCUAAAAUGAGGCAACAGAUCCAUACAAUUGUCUUGCCAACAGUUGCAGUUAUAUUCCUCUUAAUUUGCACUUACGUAUAUUUCAAAACGAGACCCACUUCAAUGCAAUACGCGUAACAAUGUCUAAGGGGACCAGUGAAAUUCUAUGAAUGUCUGCAAUUGUACAUAUUUCUUAGUGAAUCAAUGUUCCAGAAUGAUACAAAUACUUUUGGAAAUAUAUGGCUAAAUAUUAAUGGUUGUGAAUUGGAAUAAUGAGUAUUGUGAAAACAUAUUUAUUAAUAUAUUGAGUAUUUAAAAGUUAUUUGGUGAACCUGGUUAAGUGUAUUUACAUUUCAAGUGACAUCCCAUAAGUUUAAACAUUUCAAGUGACAUUCCAUAACUUUUAAACAUAUCAGGUGAAAUGUAAAUAAUAGAUCAUAAAAUAUAUUUAUUCAAAAAUAUGAAA